AUGUGGUACUCGUAUCUAAUUGAAAUUAAAAAACAAAAGUUGAAAAACUCGCUUUUCCUGAUGUCCAGUUAUUUGAUAAAAGUAAUUCUAGUAAUUUUCAAAGCUAUGAUUACGGAAAAAAUUACAAGUGUUAUAUUGUUUAAAUCAAAAUGUAGAAAUGUAAGCAUUAUCUCUGAAAUGUUAUAUAGAAUAUAGACCAAGCCUUAUACUAUUGGCUAGGAACAACUAGACUAAGAUUACUUAUAUCUGAGGCUCUAAAUCCGACAACUGCGGGAAAAUUGAGAGAUAUGAGACCCACUCCCAAUAAUAUAGCUUUUCUGGGCACUACUAAACGUAUAAUUGAAGAGUAUAACAAGGCUCUCCAAUUUAACUUGACGCAACACCCAGAUAGGGUGAACAUGGUCUUUAUCGACUUCAAAGAUAGUGCUUUCGAUAGAUCCCUCCUCAAAGGCAGACCAGUUCAUCUUCUGACACUGAAGACAGCGAUGUGUUGCAGACUUUUAAAUACACAAGAGCCCUGUGAAUGUAUCCUUGACACAGACAUCCAGAGAGUCUUUCUGACAGAAAGUUUAAAGUUUCUGUAUAAAGCUGUGGGUGAUAUUCAACAGGGAAAACUGGAGCUCAAAGUUACGAAGUGCAACUCUACCAGCAACAACGACGAGAUGAAGCGAUACUUUGAGGACGUUUUGGAAACCAACAUUAAGGGUCAGAAUUUAAUCAAGAAGGAGAAUUCCACCCUCAAACUGAGUUUAUCAGGACUUAUAGAGAUAGGCGCAGAUGAGUCGACGGACGUUGUGGCGACGUAUGAAGAUGGAGUUGUGACAGUCGUUGAAAAUAAGACGAUUCGAUCAAUCAAGCCCUUUUAUAGAAUCGGGAUUACACACGCACUGCCAUGGUCAUACAAAGCAAAAAAUCCAGCCACCGGAGAAGAAUAUUGGACAGGCUAUUGUGCCGAUUUUGCUAUGAAAAUUGCCGAACUGAUGGAUUUUGACUAUGAAUUUGUCGAACCAAAAGUAGGAACAUUUGGAAAGAAAAUCGAUGGCGUAUGGAAUGGAGUUGUUGGUGAUUUAGCAACGGGAGAAACAGAUAUGGCGAUUACAGCAUUGAUAAUGACAGCAGACAAAGAGGAGUUUGUCGACUUUGUAGCUCCUUAUUUUGAGCAAACAGGAAUAACAAUAGUUAUGAGGAAGCCUAUAAGGAAAACAUCGCUAUUCAAAUUUAUGACUGUUCUGAAGCUAGAAGUCUGGUUGAGUAUCGUUGCAGCCCUCAUUGUAACUGGGUUUAUGGUAUGGUUUUUAGACAAAUAUUCGCCUUAUAGUGCAAGAAAUAAUAAGGAGGCGUAUCCUUAUGAAUGCAGGGAAUUCACUUUAAAAGAAAGUUUUUGGUUCGCUCUAACAUCCUUCACGCCACAAGGAGGUGGAGAAGCACCUAAAGCACUGUCUGGAAGAACGCUAGUGGCAGCUUAUUGGCUCUUUGUCGUACUGAUGUUGGCUACAUUCACAGCAAAUCUAGCUGCUUUUUUAACAGUGGAAAGGAUGCAGGCACCCGUACAAUCUUUGGAACAACUAGCAAGACAGUCUAGAAUUAACUAUACUGUAGUAAGGGAUUCGGAAACACAUAAGUACUUCAUAAAUAUGAAGAAUGCCGAGGAUACACUGUAUAGAAUGUGGAAAGAGCUAACUCUGAAUGCUUCUACAGACGAUACAAGGUACAGAGUUUGGGACUAUCCGAUCCGCGAGCAAUAUGGUCAUAUCCUGUUGGCAAUCAAUGAUUCCGACCCGGUAGUCAAUGCUCAAGAGGGCUUUCGAAAUGUCCAGAAGCAUUUGGAUGCGGAUUAUGCGUUUAUCCAUGAUUCUAGCGAGAUUAAAUAUGAGAUCAGCAAAAACUGCAAUCUUACUGAAGUGGGAGAGGUUUUCGCCGAGAAACCAUAUGCCGUGGCUGUCCAGCAGGGUAGUCAUUUGCAAGAUCAAAUCAGUAAAACCAUACUCAAACUUCAAAAAGAUCGAUUUUUCGAAGGUCUCCAAGAAAAAUACUGGAACCACUCUGCUCAAGGAAACUGUCCAAAUACCGACGAUAAUGAAGGCAUAACUUUGGAAAGUUUGGGUGGAGUAUUCAUAGCAACUCUUUUCGGCCUUGCUCUAGCAAUGGUAACCCUAGUAGGAGAAGUACUAUAUUACAGAAGAAAGCAAAAAUUGGAAGAAGCAAAUCGAAAACAACAAAAAGCUUUGUACUCAACAAAAGGGAGUUUCUUUACCGACAAUGUUAUACCUGGUAAAAUACUGGUGUCGCAGUUCCAACCUAAGAAUCAGUUACCAGUCACUAUAGGCACAAGUUUCAAUCCUGUUAAUGUCAAAAAUAGUGAAAUUGAGAAAGAGCGCCGAGAUAUGAAACUGUCUCAUAUUAAUUUGUACCCUAGAGCUAGAAAUCGGAUAACACACGUUAGCAACAACUGAAAGUGAAACAGGAGUUAUAUUUUUAUUGGUAAUAAUAGUAAUUCUGUAGUAGUAACAAAAGGUACCUUUCAGUUUGUUUACCUUUUAAUUGUGUGUUUAAGUACAUAAUAAAAUAUAG